CCAUCAACCCCUUGACUGGUCGGUUGCAGGGUACUACUCUCCUCUCUCUCCACUGCUUUCGUUUCUCUUUAUACAAUGCGCCUCUUCACCACCUCCUUGGCCCUAGCUGGCCUCGCGGGGUAUGCUCUCGCUCACUCGGGCGGCGUCUCACGACGCAAGUCCCUUGGCUUCGGUCCUGUGCACCCCCAGGCCAAGUUUCACUCUGCACAGCCAUAUGUUACGAGUAACUUCUUGACCACUGAAGACCCGUUCGAGAUUGCGAAGAGCUUUAUGACGGCCUUACUCGGUGACCAGCUUUCCGCGACCAACACAUACACUAUCCGGAAAGACUCGUAUACUGACAAGGCGACGGGCAUCACUCAUGUGUAUGUCCGCCAGCUCGUCGACGGACUCGAGGUCUCCGAUGGCGACAUCAACAUUAACAUCAAGAAUGGGCUGGUCUUGUCCUACGGAGACUCAUUCUUCCGCGGCGACAGUGCCUUGAUGCAACCCAUGACUGAGGGACCUCAUGUCGAAUACUGCCGUCAGUUAGGUGACGAGCUGUCAGAACGCGAUACUCUCGUCGAGAAUUAUAGGCGUCGUAUGCAGGCCUCCUCGUCUGAGCAGGUCACACUCAAUGGGGCCGCCGACGUCGAGUCCAUCUAUGGAGAGCUCCCGCACCUCUACCAAUCGAACUGUGCACACAAGGACCUUCCAUCGAUGAUGCCCGACAGCGGGGAUUACACCGAUCCGCGACACGCGCUCUUGCAGUUCAUGAUCGCUGCGACGCCGAACGAAGAGUUGGCGAGUAACAUCAAAGACCAAUACGAAGCAUACUUGCAGAAGAUGGUCAUCAGCUCGGAGCACCACUUCGUUGGCGAUCACGCAGCCACGGCUGCCGUGAUCAUCGACAAUGUUCCUGAUGCCGUCGCCCCCGUCAAGGCGAAGCCUGUGUAUGUCCAGGUUCCCGAUGGUGACAAGACUUCUUUGAUGAUGUCAUGGAGGUUCGAAGUUGAGAUGUCAGACAACUGGUACGAGACCGCCGUCUCCAUGCUCUAUCCGCACAAUAUCAUCUCGGUCGUGGACUGGGCGUCGGACUCACCCAUUCCCAAGAACCCGCCCGCACAACGCGCCCCCGCUACGUACAACGUCUGGGCGUGGGGUGUCAAUGACCCAUCGGAGAGCAGCCGCUCUAUCGAGAAGGAGAACUUCGAUUCAUUGGCCAGUCCUCUUGGAUGGCACGUGAUCCCAGCCGCGAGUGACCCGAUCGCGCGUGGUACCUCUAAGAAGGGCGAGUUCGUCAACACCACGACCACUCGUGGUAACAACGUCUUCGCGCACGAGAACUGGGAGGGUCUGUCCAACUGGCUCCAGAACUACCGCCCUGAGGGCGGUGAGGGUCUCGAGUUCGACUACACCUAUAAUCCCAAGAAGACGGACAGCACCGAUGCGAAGAUAGAGGCGCAGAAGUACAUCAACGCCACCAUCACGCAGCUCUUCUACACGACGAACAUGGUCCACGACUUGUACUAUAGGUACGGCUUCGACGAACUCUCCGGUAACUUCCAGCAGGACAACUUCGGGCGUGGGGGUGCGGGCAACGAUGCCGUGAUUGCGAACGCGCAGGACGGCAGCGGGUUCAACAACGCGAACUUCAUGACGCCACCCGAUGGCCAGAACGGACGCUGCAGGAUGUACCUGUGGAACACCGCGACCCCGUAUCGUGACGGCGAUCUCGAAGCUGGGAUCGUCAUUCACGAGCUGUCACACGGGCUGAGCACUCGGUUGACGGGUGGGCCGGCGAACUCGGGGUGUCUUGGCUGGGGCGAGUCUGGUGGAAUGGGCGAGGGGUGGGGAGAUUUCCUGGCUACGAUCAUCAGGAGUAACAAGGAGUACUCGGACUACCCAAUGGGUGCGUGGGCCGCUAACCAAGCUGGCGGUAUCAGGAACUUCCCAUACUCCCUCAAUGACACCAUCAAUCCCUCUUCGUACAAGACCCUCGACAAAUCCGGUUACUGGGGCGUUCACGCCAUCGGCGAAGUCUGGGCGCAGAUCCUCUGGGUCGUCUCACAGCGCCUGAUCGCCAAGCACGGAUACACCGACACACUCUACCCCCCGACGCCGCUCGCGAACGGCACCAUCCCCAUCGGCGAGUUCUACCGCCCGCGCGAGCUUGACGCCGCUGGCAAGGAGAAGCCGCUCGUGCCCGCGCACGGGAACUCGCUCAGCGUCCAGCUCGUGCUCAACGGGAUGAAGCUGCAGCAGUGCCGCCCGUCGUUCUUCGACGCGCGCAACGCGAUCAUCCAGGCAGACGAGGUGCUCACCGGCGGCGAGAACUACUGCGACCUGUGGAACGCGUUCGCGGAGAAGGGCCUCGGGAAGGACGCGAAGGUCGAGGGCCGCACGCCGUGGGGUGGAGGAAUCCGGACGAACGGCUUCGACGUUCCUGCAGUCUGCAAAUCCGGCAAGACUCCUGAGCCACCAACAGCACCCUCGCCUGCGCCCGGUGAGCCCGACGACGAUGACGACGGCGAUGACUGGCCAUGGGCUUAAACCUCUAAUGAUCUAUUCCAUUUCCUCGCGCUGAGGUUCCCGACUCGCAACGUAGAACGACGAUCUUAUACCUCUCGUAAUCGCGUCAUCUCGAGCCUCGGUUGGAUAUCACUACCACUCGCCAUCCCUCCCCAUGGACACUCGCAGUUACUGUCUCGGUAGAACGGCUCGGUUAGGAUUAGAGGGCUCUCUUUUAUUUGUUCAUGUCAUUUGUUCAUGCUCGAUCCAGUUACGCACGAUGCAGUUGGUUGUACGAAUAUAGUUUGGUUGACAUAUUG